UCCGAGUUGCGCACAGUAUUUUUAGUGGCAAGGAGCUAAGCGUGCGCCGCGUCAAAGCAAGAGUUUGCCUCCUUGCAAGAAGAGCGGCCGUCAAAGGCGCCGCCAAUCGCCGGGCCGCCCGCGGGGCCACGCACUUCGGUGGCGCCGCCACUUGGCGAAAAGGCGCCGGCUAGCCCUAGAUAGUGCGAGAGAUGCCAGCUCUGCCGCGGUCGGGCAUGGAAGCGAGCCGAGGAGGCGUUGGCUGCGCGUAAGCGAGCGGAAGUCAAUAUGACGCCGACGUGAUAGCUGCUCGAAAUAAGCUGCAGCCGGCGCUCGAAGAAUGGCCAGCGUCCAGCGAGAUCACUGGUCUUUCGUCGUGCUUCAGUUUCUGCUGCUAUCGCUGCUCAUUUGCAGGCACGGUGCCUUCGCGGACCGGAACAAGUACUUUCACAUCUCAUCAUUGUGCAUGGGAGAGCGACACUACCCUCAGUACAAGAAGAUUGACGGCGCUGUGCUGACAUCUGAAAGCGAAAACAACCUGGAGUGCGCCGUCACCUUCCAGACUGAUUCAAUCUUGCAACGCUUCAUGCUUCGCUUUGAAAGGCUGGCCUUGGACUGCCACGAUCAUCUAGUCAUUUUUGAUGGUGCCCAUGCUAUAGGAAAUCACAAGGUGGAUCUUUCAUGUCGGAGCACACGCUCGGAUGUGGGAACAAUCUUCACCCAGGGGAACUACGUGACCCUCAAAUAUACCACUGACAGCUGGAGCCCACAAGGAAAUGGCUUCAAGCUAAUAAUCACUGCCUACAAGGACAGCUCACUUCCUGAUCUCAAGCAUGACCUGAAGUGCCGGGAUUUUGAGUGCCGCAACACUUUUUGCAUCUCAAGCAACUUGACAUGUGAUGGUGUAAACCACUGUGGAGACAACAGUGAUGAGACAAGCCAUGCUUUAUGCAUAGACGAUAUGGCCAGCAGCCAGAUUCUGGGCCUUGGCGUGAGUGUUUUUGUGACACUGGCCCUGGUGGUGAUAGUGGUGUGCCUGGUGCUGUGUGUGGGUGCCCUGUGCCUGUGCCAGCGGCUGCAGCAGCAACAGCAGCAGCGCCAAGCAGCCGCCGGAGCAAUGACUCUGCCAGGGAGCCAUCCCACUGCCCUGCAGGCCAACCACAGCGCCUUCCCCAGAGAGCCUCUACUACCCAGCCACAAAGUGACCAGGCCCGCAACGGCUCCAACUGGCUCGUCUGAGCAGGGCCUCCAGCGCGACCUGUCCGCGUGUCGAGAGCAGUUCUCCUCGCCGAGGCCACUGGAUGCUGUUCCUCCUGUUUCUCCGGGCGGCAUCUCCCCAACUAGCAUGUUUCGCCAGGGGUCCCUGUCGUCACAGCCUGACCUGUUGGCUGUCACACGUGGGGGUGAGGCCCCACAACACACCUGGGCCAACACGCUGCCCAGGGGUCGGCCUGAUAUACUGGGCCCCAGCUUUGCCAUCGAGCAUGUUGAGACACCUCCUCUGCCAUGGGACAUGCAUAAUGGCACGCUUUCCAUGCUACGAGGAAAAGGCUCCGAGCUUCCUCCAGACUCUGUGCAAGUACGGCACCACAGUGUUGUCUCCGCUCAGCCCACUGGCUGGGAACAAACUUGGCUUUGAGCCAAGGUGCUAGUUGUAACUAAGAAGGGUGAGUGACACUUUCAUCACCCCCACAAUAAGAAAAUUUGUUCCUGAGCAGAUGGCCAAUAGGGAUAAUGUUAAAUUUGCAUGGAUUGAGGCAGCUAUAGUUUAUAUUCAGUUUAAAUGUGUAGAUGCUGCGUUGCACUCAUUGUGCAGAAUGUGGUAACUUGCAUUAUUGGUAGUGAAAAUACGUGCUCUGAAGGCUGUCUUUGGAGCAGCAAGUAAGUGAACUUGGAAAAGUAAAAAGAAAUGAAGUGAUGUAGCAGUCACUGUUUUUAAUUCUUUAAUUGUGCCACUUAGAGAUCUUGGAGAAACAACCUUAAUAAUUAUAGGUUUACAGUAAAUUACAAUAAGUAUUUAGUUUGCAUUACCAAUCAUUAUUUAUUAUUUUUUAUUAUAUAUUUUGUGCAAAUAUAUAUUUAUUUCAUAAAUGCAUAUUCAUAUGAUGUAAAAAUGUAUAAACGAAGCUUGAAGAACAUGAUAGCUUCUGUAUCCUUUUUUUAAAGCUGUGGCAUCUUCUGUUACAAUAGCUGUUAGCUAAACAGUAUGUCAUUAUGUGUAAAUAUGUGCUGCUUGAUAUGAACCAAAGUGAUGGAUUGUAUUACAGCGUAUUGUGAUGUAACAGCCACCAGAGUCUUGUUUAUGGAACACUCUGGUAGGAUACAAGUGUCCUCUAGUGAUGCAAAUGUAUCAGCAUGGUAGUAUUUAAUUGCAGUUGUUGAGAAGUUUGACAUCGGAAUGGCAACAGAAACAUGCCACCUCUGGUGCUGUUGAUGGUCAGCUGCCAGCAGCUUACCCAACUUAUGUCAAAAUUUCUGGAAAAAACAUGUAGUUAAUUACAAAAUACAUGUCCCCUGAACCUCAGUGUUACAGCUAUAGCUAGGCAGCAUAAAAUUCAAGGAUGGAGCCUACUUUUAUAGUUGCAGCUGAUGGUUAAGGGACAAAAUUUUUACAAAGCUUGAAAAUGCUGUGUAUUCUGGGUUCCACGAAAUGUCUGCAAGGCACCCAGUCAUAAAAGCUUACACCAGGUGCCAACUCAUGAGACAUGGUAGCAAACAAUUUUAGCAAGGUCAGCAUUACUAACCACGAAGUACAGGCUCUCAAGCUAGCAUGAUAGAUCAUUAAACAAGUGUUUACAGUUUUUAACAUUCCAAGUAAACAAAGUAAUAAUAAAGAAUUGAAUUAUUUUUUCAGGGAGACAAAGCUGGACUUACAGCAUUUGUCCAAAACAUUGCCUUGUCCAACUGGUUCCAAUUGGAAAUCUUUGUACACCCAGCUGGUAUUAAGACAGUUCCAACCAGACACCAUUAUGGAACUAAUUGGCAUUAAGACAGUCCCAAUUGUACACCACUAUGGGUCUAGAUGGUGUCAAGACAGCUCCAAUAGGGCAUUCAUUGGGUGUCAUUACAUAAUUUUAGCCAAAGGGUCCAAGUUCCAAGUUCAUCAAUUAGUUAUAUAUCCAUGAUCAAGGCUCAAGAACUAAGUUCAUGGAUAUCUCAUUCAGGUGUUCAGAGGCACCAAUUGGAAUCUGUAAAUACCAACUGGUCUUAAUGGGAGUCUGAAUGCCAUUUGGUUUAAUUACAUUCUAAUGCAUGUUUAUAUUGCGGUUUUGUUUAAAGGAUCCCUGAACCACCCCUCGGGCUUGGUGAAAUAACAUAGUCUGCAGGUAGCAUAUGCUGUUGUGAACAUUUCAGCCAAGUUUUGCUGUCACAUGCGGUGCGUGGAGCUCGCAAGCGGAUUGCGAAGUCUCCAUUCUCUCAAAUGCUCUCUUUUCAACAGAAGGCCCUGUCCUUACUCUCUUCUGGAUGCUUUAUUUCGUCAUCAGACGACUUAUUUCGUCAUUUCCUUAGACAGCUCCUACUGGCCGAUAGCUGACAUCAAGCUGCGUUGACUACAUGGUGUAGAUACCGCGGCUGCCACGGGGUGCCGCCACGACUCCACUGGCUAAGCGCACUGCGGCUCGCUGAGGAUAACCGCGUUUGGCUUACGUUUAGCGUGUCGUAGGCACCAAAGGCGGAAGUCAUGGCGUCUAUGUUAACUUCCAAAAUGAAAUUUGAACUGCGCGCCACGGUGACAUUUAGAAGGCGGAGUGUUGUGGGCACACCCCACUGUGCCCUAGCAGUACAAGGCAUUGAAGAAGGAGCGGGAGCACAGCGAAGGCCAUGCUUGAUUGCCAGUAAUUUCGGUUCUGCUGAACGCAUUGAACCACUUCUUGCCCGGAAAAGUAUUUCUGAAAUAGCCUAUUUUCACUUCAAAUAUCUUUCUCCACUUUGAUAAAAAGUGGUUCAGGGCCCCUUUAAAGCUUAUUAUUUAUAUUAAAUUAGAUUUGUAAAAGAAAGUAAUGAAAUGAAGUUUAGCUGUUGCAGUGAUACCAUAAACCUAUACAUUUUACUCAGUUUUAGGAAGAUAACUAUGCUAGUUUAUCAUAUUUACUAGCAUAUAGAAACACACACAGGAUCAGUUUAAUUUUCUAAGU